AUGGAAGAUGAUCAUCACCAUGAAGUGAAAGAGGAAGCAAAAGAGAUCAACAAAACUAAAGAAGCUAACAAGAGAGAUGAAGACACAUCUUCAUCAAGAGUAUUCCCAUGCCUCUUUUGUUCUAGAAAGUUUCAGAGUUCUCAAGCCUUAGGAGGUCACCAGAACGGCCACAAGAAGGAGCGAACUGUUGCAAGAAGAGCCAAAAGGGCUUACGAUUUCGUCAACAACAAUGACUUUCUUCACACGUUACCUGUAUUCUUAUCAUCUCCUUCUCCGCACCACUUGGCCAUCUUAAGCUACCCUUCACCUGCCUCCUUUGGCUGCUUUACACCUGCCCAACCGGACCACCCAAUAUUCAGAUCCAACGGUGCUCGUGCUGUGUUGGCUGCAUCCCACCAAGGCAGAGAUAGCAGAGGAGGGUGUUUUGGUCAGCAACGUGUUGAAAUUUUGGAUCAUAAUUGUAAUGUGGUGACUAGUGAGAAUGGUAGAGAUCAUUGUCUUGAUCUCUCCCUCCAUUUGUAA